CCGUGUUCUUCGCCGACAGACCUUUGCGCCUUGAUUGCGCGCCGGAAUCUUUCGCCCGUUGCGAUUAGUCGGAAGCCCUUGGAGGCCGCCCUCGAAUAAUUCCCCUCGGCGCACCCGCUGCGAAACACGAUUGCGCCGUACACGAUCCACGCCAAUAUACUCGCGACUGCGCGCCGUAAUAACGUGGCGAGCGCGCCGGCGCGCUGCAUGACGGUGCCCAGACUAUGCCCGGCAUCCUCAUGAUGAACCACAGCGUGAACGACACAGUAAGAGAUGGAGAAAACAAGAAGCGCUGGUCUGAUGGAAAGCUCGUCAACGGCAUCGAUGGGCGCAGCGACACGGCCGCCAUGAACGGGAACAUCGGGCCGGCCACUAAUGGCACUCCAAUUGCGCCCACCAUGGACCAACAUCCAGAGGAGGAACCCAGCAUCACCCAUAUCGGUCCAGAUGCCUACCACCCUCUGUCGAAGCUGCUUGCACGUGUUGGUCAAGAAUGCUACAAUGCGCUUGAGGAGACUUUACACAAGAUGUCUGGCAUGUCAUUAGGCCAGCAAGCCAAUGGAGCCAUGACUAACGGUGUCGUAUCACAAGACAAUCCAGAGGUGAACAAGCGUAAGAAAUUGCUUUUGCUUAAGUUUGCACAAGAAAACCGGGCCAAGUUCAUAAAGCUACUGGUAUUGACAGAAUGGGGCCAGAAGUCCGCGGUUGAUAUUGGCAAGGUCAUCGACUUGUAUGCUUGGGCAAAAGAGCAGGCUGCACACAUGGAUUUCGCGGAUGAGCAGGUUAAUCAGAUCAAGAUCCUCUCGGCCUAUGCUAGGGAGAACAAUCCAGACAUCAGGACUGCACUGGAGGUGCUGUCGGUUGGAAAAGCAUCCUGGAUACCAACUCUGGAUUACAUACCACCUGAUCCCAUUUCCCCAGACAAGGCGCUUAAGCUCUUACGUACCAUGAACACUUCUCUUUCGAUACGGCUGAACGUACAUGAAACCCUUCCCCGACACCUUCGGAACUGGCGUAUACAGUCAGGUCGUGCAACUUUCGUGAUUGAGAAUGAGAUGGAAUUCGAUGUGGUGUCUUUUGUUGAAGAUGCUACUGAUCAGUGGUGGUUUCUCGACCUGCGGUUACUGUUCGCCUCUGCACCAACGAUUGCAACGGGCAGUAAAUUCUGGGAGCAACUCCAGCCUCAGACUGAUUACGUCUUGCAGCAAAAAGGCCUCAGUGGGCUCUUCGACUUCUUGCAUAACUUCGUCCUUACCCACAAGCUCUCAGUGCUGCGAUCGCAAGCGGUCGGACUGGCGCGCUCAGGCUCACUGAAGGCUGAGAAGGUGCAUCGCGAACUCGUGGUUCAGUACUGGACCGAUAGGCCAGGGAAGAAGAAUUGGAUAGAGUUCGGUACAACAAGUAAUAAGCCAAAGAACGGAAAGACCUCCUGGCGAGGUCCACCGAUACCAUCCCUGACAGCACGCUGGUUUCGCCAGGGGAAGGAGGUUGUGGAUGUCGAUCUUGGAAUCGACUGGAAGGACCUUUCGAUGGACACAAUACUCAAACGCGUCAUCGCACUCCACACGGCGCAGAUACUACAGUCGACGAGACAGCAUUUCGAUCCGAGACUAGAUGUACAAUCUAGUUUGUCUGGAUCUGAGCCUACCGACUGCAGCCUCACAGCAACCCUAGGAACGCAGUCGAACUCCGUCGCGCUAUCGAUGGAGCCGGUGACAGGCAACUACAUCGUACAACCCGCCAGCGCACUCUCUGCCAGAGCUGAGUUUGCUAUGAAUCAGGGCAGAGAGCCGAUGCAGAUAGCAGGCAUACUCACAUCGAUGCUGUCGCAGAUGCUCCGGGAUCAGAUCCAAAGAACUGCGCAGCAAGUAGGGUGGCAGCGAAUUACAAGACAGGCCCUCCGACCAGACACAGUGAAGGCAGCUGUGAAGUCAGAUGUCUUGGAAUAUGCCAUGUACAGUCCUCGUGGCUGGACAUCGAAAUGGGCUCUAGCCGCUCUCGUGAAUACUGCAGGAGAGUCAUGGUGGAUAUUCGAGCUGGGAUCCAAUGGUAUCUCGAUCGACUAUGCCGAGCAGAUCGUGAUGGACAAGCAUGAUGGUACAAGUAUAGCUAUCAACCGGGACACCCUCACUCGUAUGGAGCGUGUGGCCAUGCAACUUCUUUCCUUCCGGGUCACGGCUCGUGAAUUGGACAGGGAACACAAGGUGUUUUCGCUGCGCCACGAGUGCGGUACAAGCACCAACCCUACUGAAGUCAAUCAUGUCGUUCAAGGAUGGGCAUUGUAUCUGCAGACGACCGAUCUACUCACAACCAAUUCCGGAGAGCGACCAUGGCUCGAAGACGGCAUUGCUAUUACCUGCGAGGGACUUAAGAAUGACGGUCGCAGCGUUUGGCACAUCGCCUCCGGUCGUAUGGUCAAGACUGCAGCCGCAGACAUGCAAAAGCUGAUGGCUGCGUCUCCACAAAGCAGCUUCAAGUUCACAGCAGACGGUAACUUCAGGAUUCUUCUAGCGACUCCAUUCGGCAGCGACAUCCUCGGCGAACUUCGAGCCCGACUUCGCGACGUCAACCGCCUACGGUCAUUUGCAACUACACUCCAGAAACGCGAGAUGCGCCUAACAUCCUCUUCCUUACAGAAGGUGCAGUUCCAGUAUGGGCCGUCUCCUCACACCGCAGCCGUGUCCUUCGCCUCUGAAAGCGAAGUCGCCAUCGAUAUCGCCCCAACAAAUCCACACUACCGCAUACACCGCCUUCUUACGUCCAUUGCUAACGACCGUAAUCCGUGUCUGCCACUGCUUCCCUACGGCGACGCAAACGGCCUGGACCACUUCUGCACUACGCUUGUCCUCACGCGCUCCCUCCUCACUGUUCUCCACGAACUUGAGACUGCCACGCCUGGCAACAUUCGCAACCCUGCCGUUCAUGUCCAUUCGGUUUUCAAGUACCGUCUCACCUACGAGAAUCCGCUCUGUACAUUCGAUAUUCGCCUUCAAACUAAGAAUGAUAAGGUGUAUUGGUUCAUCGAAGACAACUUCAACCACCCGCCCGACAUCCGCGCCACACCAGAAAGGAAUGCUCGUCUAAGGCGGCUAGAGAACCUCCAAGAAAAGCUGAAAGAGCUGUUCAGGGACCGCGCACCAGGCUGGUUCGGCACCCGCAAGGGUAUCGUCACCGAGCUCGACGCCACCCCCGACGCCCUGCGCAAACUCAACGACACAGUCCUAAGCUGCAAAAUGGACGGCCCCUACAAGCCCCCACCGCCCCUCGAGAUCCCCCAGCCGCAGCCGCAGCCCCAGCAGCCCAACGGCAACACCCCCAAAAUGCAGCGCCAGCCCUCGCAGCAGCACCAGCACAUGCAGCAGCCCCCGCAGCAGCGGCCCCAGCAGUUCUCGCCCCAGAUGCAGCGCAAGCCGCAGCCGGGGCAGCAGCCCGGCGCCCGCCCCAUGCAGAACGGUCAGCGCCCCACGCCCCAGCAGAUGCAGCACCUCCAGCAGUUGCAACAGCAGGCCCGGGCUGCGCAGCAGCAGCAGCAGGCGCGCCAGGGCAAGGGCGAUAUCAUCGAGAUUGAUUGAUUGAGUGAGUGAAUGAGUGGAUUGAUGCGAUUCGGCGGGAUUUUUCAGCAUGCAUAUAUUUACUUUUUGCGAGGCGCUGGGCGCGGCUUGGUUUCGUGAUUCCCGGUACAGCAAGGCAGGGGGACAUGGGUGUGCGAUAGAUGUAUGAUGGUGAGAGGGUUCAGGGGUGGUGCGGGAGCGCACGUGGCGACGAGGGCAUAGAUAAUGAAAUGAAAUAUCACAAGUACUUUGUGUGUUUU